AUGUCAACCGCAACAUCCAGCAGUCUCUUGGACUCGGGAGAUAAUAUCCAAAUUGGCGAACAAGACGAGACGCGACCUUUACUACCCCAUUCGUCGAAAUUAAACGCCAUGGACAAUAAUAGCGUGCUCAAAGGCGAUACUGCUAUUGUGGGAUGCAUUGCUGGGGAAGAGGCGCGGGAAGCUACUGAGCAUGAACAUCAUCUCGGUUUGCUUGAAGCUGUUAAGCUUUAUCCCACGGCGGUUGGGUGGAGCGUCUUCUUCAGUCUGGGCAUUAUUAUGACUGCUUUUGAUCCUCAGCUUCUUGGUAAUUUAUAUGCCACGCCGGCUUUCCAGCGAGAUUUCGGAUAUCUUUAUAAUGGAAAAUAUAUCAUCAGCGCACCAUGGCAGACGGGUCUGAGUAUGGGUAACCCGAUCGGUCAAGUCGUAGGCGCAUUCUUCGCCUCCUAUCCAAUGGAACGAUAUGGACGAAAAAAGACAUUUGGAGUGCGGUCUGGUAUUGGGAACAUAUGCCACGAUUGCUCCGACCUAUGCUUCGGAAGGUAUGGAAGUGGAACCUCCCCCAAAAAAUAUCACCCUUCCAAGAGAUCUCAGCUAAAAUUCGGGAAAAACACAGUCUGCCCAGUAGCCCUGCGCGGCAUCCUAACAUCCUACAUAAACCUCUGCUUCGUCAUGGGCCAAUUACUCGCCAACGGCGUCAUAGCCGGCACCAGCACCCUCACCAGCCACUGGGCCUACAGCGCACCCUUCGCAACCCAAUGGAUCUGGCCCCUAAUAAUCCUCCUCGCAUAUCCCUUCGCGCCCGAAAGUCCCUGGUGGCUAGUCCGUAAAGGCCACCUACGCGAAGCAGAAGAAUCCCUCCGUCGUCUCGCUUCCUCGCACAUUGACGUCAAACCUACCCUGGCGAUGAUCAUUGAGACGGAUCGUUUGGAAGUGGAAUUGGAAGCUGGAUCUACCUAUCUCGAUUGUUUCAAAUCAUUCAAUCUCCGAAGAACCGAAAUCGCCAUCGGAGUGUAUAGUAUUCAAGUUUUCAGCGGCGUCUAUCUCGUCGGUUACGCCACCUAUUUCUUCGAACUAGCUGGUCUCCCUCCAACAAAAGCUUUCGGAAUGUCUCUAGGUUUCCUCGGGUUAGGUUUUCUCGGGACGGUAUYUUCCUGGUUUCUUCUCACUCGUUAUGGCAGACGAGCAAUCUACAACACGGGGCUCGGGAUGCUCGUUAUUAUAAUGCUGCUUAUUGGCAUCCUGGAUGUUCUUCCUAAUUAUGACUCCAACAGCGGUGUGCGAUGGACGCAAUCCACUUUGAUGCUCGUGUGGAAUUUCUGCUAUGAUUUCUCCGUCGGGCCCGUGUGUUUCGUUAUUCUUUGUGAAGUUUCCGCGACCAAAGUUCGGAGUAAGACGAUUGCUUUGGCGACUGCUGUGCAAGCGUUAUUAGCUAUUGCCAUGACAGUUGCGAUACCGUAUAUGAUCAAUCCAGACGAAGCCAAUCUCAGGGGCAAGAUUGGCUUCUUCUUCGGAGGAUUGUCUGCUCUUGGUCUCACAUGGGCGUGGUUGAGAGUGCCCGAAACGCAAGGACGGACAUUCGAGGAGCUGGACAUUCUCUUCUCUCGAAACCUGAAGACGAGGGACUUUAAGCGAGCCCAUGUGGAUUAA